AUGGAGAUAUCACCUUGGGAGGAAUUUUUCCAUUGCAUUACCACAUUGAGUAUCCGGACCUAUCGUUCAGCAAACAUCCGGGACCGGCAAAAUGCCUCAGGUUUGUUUGUGCUAUUAGAUGCUCCAUUUGGGAAUGAGUGCUUUCAGUUUCGUCUUUUCCGGUUUGCACUGGCGAUGAUUUUUGCAAUAGAGGAAAUAAGCAAUGAUACAGCACUGCUUCCCAGUGUUACUCUAGGAUACCGCAUAUACGAUUCUUGUCAUUUACCCCAGCUAUCAUUAAAAGCAGCUCUGGAGUUUCUAAGCAGUCAAGAGGCGAACACGUUCUCUAGUAAAUGUAAAAACUCCUCCAUCGUUCCUGCGAUUGUUGCUGAUUCUGGGUCCACGCAGUCUUUAGCAAUAGCACCUCCCAUCGGUGCCUUCAGAAUCCCAAUGGUUAGCUACUUUUCUACCUGUGCCUGCCUCAGCAAUAGAAAGGAAUAUCCGUCAUUUUAUCGAACUAUAUCAAGUGAUUACUAUCAGGCGAAAGCAUUAGCCCAGAUGGUGAAACAUUUCGGAUGGACCUGGAUCGGGGCAGUUAAGGGUGACGAUGACUAUGGAAACUUUGGGAUGCAAGCAUUUCAAGAGGAGGGACAACAAUUAGGCGUUUGUAUCGCUUUUUCUGAGUCAUUUCAUAAAACAUACACUCAAGAGAAGUUACAAAAAACAAUCAAUACCAUAAAAACUUCUUCUACGAAAGUUAUCGUUACAUUUAUCGGAGAAGCAAGCAUGGGAGUCCUUCCAAAGGAAAUGAUUGGACAAAACGUCAGCGGCAUACAAUGGAUUGGAACCGAAUCAUGGGUUUCCACGUUGCUUCUUCCUCCGAAGGAAAGUAAAAGUAUUGCUUCUAGUGCAAUUGGAGUUGCAAUUCCCAAGGUCAGCAUUCCAGGGUUAAGGGAGUUCCUCAUGAAAGUUCACCCAUCCCAGUAUCCAGGAAACCUCUUGGUGAAAAAGUUUUGGGAAAGUUGUUUUGGAUGCACUCUAAGCCGUGGAAAUAAAAAGGAUCCUCCAAAUGCUGAACCACAGCUUAAGGAAUGCACAGGAAGAGAAAAUUUAGAGAAUGUCCAGAAUGAUUUUACUGACAUGUUGCAGUAUAGAGUCACUUACAACAUGUACAAAGCAACUUAUGCUAUAGCUCAUGCACUACACAAUAUGAUCUCCUGCAAAACCGGGGAAGGGCCUUUCGCCAAUGGCAGUUGUGCAAGUGUUUCGAAUUUUCAACCGUGGCAGUUACUAUAUUACAUGAGAACAGUGAAUUUCUAAGCAAGAUCAAGCAAGAUCAGCGAAAAGGUUUAUUUUGACAAAAACGGAGACCCUGUCGCAACAUAUGACAUUGUAAACUGGCAACCAAAUGUUUUCGGUAACAUUGACAUUGUAAAUGUUGGGUACUAUGAUGGGUCAGCUCGUUCUGGAGAAGAAUUUUCGAUAACAGAAGAGGCAAUUGUUUGGAGCGGCGGUCAGAAGUCGUUUAGCCACAUAGAAUUACUAGAAUUUGUUCACCAUUGUAUUCAUAUUCAUAACCGGAUUCCGAAAGCAGUUUGCUCUGAAAGCUGCCAUCACGGAACAAGGAAAGCAACACGAAAAGGGCAACCCAUUUGCUGUUUUGAUUGUAUACAAUGUGCACAAGGAGAAAUCAGCAACACAACUGAUUCCAUUCAGUGCAUAAAAUGUCCAACGGAAUUCAAAUCUAACGAGAGACGGGAUCAGUGCAUUCCAAAGGAAAUCGAAUUUCUUUCCUUUUCCGAGACAAUGGGAAUCAUUCUGGUGUCCCUGGCUUGGUGGGAGCCUGCGCCACUGUUGGUGUAUUCGCAAUAUUCUACGUCUCCGAUUGUUAAAGCUAAUAACUCUGAGUUAAGCUUCCUUCUUCUUUUUGCCCUCACUCUUUGCUUUCUAUGUUCAAUUACAUUCAUUGGUGAACCUUUAGAUUGGUCUUGUAUGGUCUGCCACGUGGUAUUUGGUAUUAGUUUUGUGCUUUGCAUAUCUUGUGCAUUGAGUAAAACAAUAGUGGUGGUGAUGGCAUUCAAAGCAACGUUUCCUAACAAUAAUAUGAUGAAGUGUUUUGGACCAAGACAACAACGGCUGAUGGUUUACAUCCUUUCCCUGGUACAACGUGCAAUAUGUGCUACCUGGUUAAUUACAUUUCCACCUUAUCCUUUGAGAAACCGAAGCCACUCUAAUGAGAUAAUCGUGUUUGAAUGCAAUGUAGGAUCGCCGUUAGCCUUCUAUUGUGUACUCCGUUAUAUUGGAUUUCUGUCCUGUGUGUGUUUUGUUGUAGCGUUUUUAGCUCGACAACUUCCAGAUAACUUCAAUGAAGCUAAACACAUAACGUUUAGUAUGCUUAUCUUUUGUGCAGUUUGGGUAACUUUCAUUCCAGCUUACAUAAGUUCUCCAGGAAAAUAUGCUGUGGCAGUUGAAAUAUUUGCUAUUUUGGCUUCGAGCUUUGGCCUACUUUUUUGCAUUUUUGCCCCAAAAUGUUAUAUUAUUCUUCUGAGUAAAGAAAAGAAUACAAAGCGGAACAUGAUAGGCUCGGUGACUUCUAAAAUAUGA